AUGCUAUUGGUCUAGAGCUGCAUCCAUCAUAGGAUUAUCUGUUUCGGGGUAGGUUGGUACAAUGGAACGAACACCAACGCUUGAGAGAAAGCUCUGCAUUUAAAACGCCCAGAGAAGAAUCAGCAACUACCGUACCUCGUUUUUUUUCUUCAUCUUCCUCCUAUUUUCCUUACCAGUACGGCGUUGUCAUGACGAAUGCACAGGUUGCCUGGGAUCGUUGACUGCCAAUAAGUGAAUAUUCUUUCAGUACUUCCCUCCUAUACAAGCACAGUUUUUUUCGCGUGCGAUUUUUGGGGGGAUACCGUUUGGAUCCUAGGCUAAAAUAAACCAGAUCCACGUUUGCCCGCCUGCAUGUUGUCAGCAAGAUUAUUGCGUUGGCUAUGUAGUGUAAUAUAGACAGGUAUCCGCAUAGUGUUAAUCUCUGUGUUCCGCUACCUUCUUAAGUGGAUUGCACAUCACCAGUCAACGAUUUCUUCAUCCUCCGACCUCGGGUGCUGUGGACUCAGAGGAAACAUGGGACUGCCUGCUCUGGAGUUUAGUGAUUGCUAUCUGGACAGUCCACAGUUCCGAGACAGAUUAAAGUCUCACGAACUGGAACUGGACAAGACCAACAAAUUCAUCAAAGAACUAAUCAAAGAUGGGAAGGCGCUCAUCCAAGCAUUGAAAAAUCUGUCCACGGCCAAGAGGAAAUUUGCAGAGUCUCUCAACGAGUUUAAGUUCCAGUGCAUAGGAGACGCAGAAACGGAUGACGAGAUAUGUAUUGCAAAGUCUCUACAGGAGUUUGCUGGAGUGUUGCAGAACCUGGAGGAUGAGAGAACACGGAUGAUUGAAAAUGCCAAUGAUGUGCUGAUCAUGCCGCUGGAGCGCUUCAGGAAGGAGCAGAUCAGUGCUGCCAAGGAAGCCAAGAAGAAAUACGACAAAGAGACAGAGAAGUACUGUGCUGUACUCGAGAAGCACCUGAGUCUAUCAGCAAAGAAGAAAGAAGCACAUCUCCAUGAAGCAGACAGUCAGGUGGACCACGUACGGCAGCAUUUCUAUGAGGUGUCUCUGGAGUACGUGUUCAAGGUGCAGGAAGUCCAGGAGAGGAAGAUGUUUGACUUUGUAGAGCCGUUGCUGGCAUUCCUUCAGGGGCUGUUUACUUACUACCAUCAUGGGUACGAACUGGCCAAAGACUUCAACCACUUCAAGACAGACCUCACCAUCAGCAUUCAGAAUACGCGGAACCGUUUUGAAAGCACCCGGUCUGAGGUGGAGUGUCUGAUGAGGAAGAUGAAGGAGAACCCCCAUGAACACAAGAGCAUCAGCCAUGACACCAUGGAGGGAUACCUGUUUGUACAAGAGAAACGUUCUUUUGUGUCAACCUGGGUCAAGUACUACUGCACCUACCAUCGAGAGCCCAAACGAGUCACCAUGGUCCUGUUUGACCAGAAGUCUGGAGGCAAAGUGGGAGAGGAGGAGAGCUUCACUCUGAAGUCCUGCACAAGGCGGAAGACGGACUCUAUAGAGAAGAGGUUCUGUUUUGAUGUGGAGGGCGUAGACAGGACUGUAUUGACAGCUGAAGGUGAGCCUGUAUCAGUGUGUGUGUGUGUGUGUGUGUGUUGCAGGUCGGGGGUGAUCACCAUGCAGGCUCUAUCGGAGGAAGACCGUAGGCUGUGGAUGGAGGCUAUGGAUGGGAGAGAACCGGUCUAUAACUUAAACAGAGACAGCCAGAGUGAAGGCAUGGUCCAGCUGGAUGUGGUUGGCUUCAACGUUGUGAAGAAGUUCAUCUAUGCUGUGGAGACCAGAGGCAUCGAUGAGCAGGGUCUGUACAGGAUUGUUGGGGUGAACUCCAGAGUACAGAACCUACUGGGUCUUGCCAUGGAUCCUAAAACCUGUGCUGACGUGGAGCUGGACAGUACAGAAUGGGAGAUCAAGACCAUCACCAGUGCAAUCAAGUUCUACCUCAGAAUGCUGCCUGCACCUCUCAUGACUUAUCAGUAUCAAAGGAGCUUCAUCAAGGCAGCCAAACGUGACAAUCAGGAGGCGAGGAUCACAGAGAUCCAUAGCAUCGUCCACUGGCUCCCAGAGAAGAACCGGCAGAUGCUGGACCUGCUUACGAAACACUUGGCAAAUGUGGCCAGUCACCACCAGCAGAACCUGAUGACUGUGGCCAACCUGGGGGUGGUGUUCGGCCCCACUCUGCUGAGGCCGCAGGAAGAGACUGUGGCAGCCAUCAUGGACAUCAAGUUCCAGAACAUCGUGGUGGAGAUCCUCAUCGAGAACCACGAGAGGAUAUUCAAGGACAUGCCAGUUCCGGGAGGUGGCCCGGCCAACCUACAACUCAACCUGCAGCCGCGGAGGAGGAGCACGGAGAGCAAGGCCCCGUCCUGCAGCGAGAGACCCCUCACCCUCUUCCACACACCCACACACUCCCAGAAAGUGGAGGAAAGGAACAGUGUGGUAGUGAACUCUACUCUAGAGCUCCAGCAGCCGCAGCCAGCCCAGGCCAAGGCCCCCCACAACAACCCUUCAGCCACCCCCUCCUCCUCAGCAGCGGUCAACCAUAACAGCAGUGGCAGCCACGGCCACAGCUGGACCCCGCGCAACAGCCUGACCAGCACUGACGGAGACCAGGACAGGGGCCUGACUGCCAGUCAGAACUCACAGAUCCGCCCAAACUCACUGCUGAACCCAAAGAGCCGCACCAGUAUCCCAACGAGCCCAGCCUCACCCAGCCCCACCUCACCACGCUCCCCGUCCUGGCCGAUGUUCUCCGCACCCUCCAGCCCCCAGCCAGCCUCCUCCACCUCCAGUGACUCCUCCCCAAUCAGCAUCCCAGGCAGGCAGGCUAGGGCACUCUACGCCUGCAAAGCGGAGCAUCACUCUGAGCUUUCAUUCAUCGCAGGGACCACCUUUGAAAAUGUUCAUUCCUCCAGGGAGCCAGGCUGGCUGGAAGGCACCCUGGACGGCAGGACGGGCCUGAUACCGGAGAACUAUGUGGAGUUUGUGUAGUCCUGGAUCAGGACUGAACUGGAGAGACCACGCAGCUGCACUGUGCCCCUGCAGCUUAUUGGAAGUCUGGAGCACAGAGGGCUUCCUGCUGUGCAUGGUCAUGAAUCUGGAAUUCAGUAGCAGACUCUCUCUCUCUCUGUGUGUGUGUGUGUGUGUGUGUGUGUGUGUGUGUGUGUGUGUGUGUGUGUGUGUGUGUGUGUGUGUGUGUGUGUGUGUGUGUGUGUGUGUGUGUGUGUGUGUUGCAUUGUUGCUACAAAAGCUCAUUCCCCUGUUCAGACAGUCCUUAGUUCAUUGCACUGCCACUGCUUUUAGUGUCUUCUAUCAUCAGUUGAAACUUUGGAAGAUGUUUCCAUUUUGGGGCGGGAAAAAAGUAAUUGGUCUGAGGUCUGAGUAAUUGGUCUGAACUUCUCUUCCUGUGUACUGUCUGUAGGAACAGGGCGGCUGGUAGCCUAGCGGUUAAGAGCGUUGGCCCAGUAACCCAAUGGUCGCUGGUUUGAAUCCACAAUCUGACUAGAUGAAAAAUCCAUUGUGCCCUUGAGCAAGGCACUUAAGCUUAAUUGCUCUUGUAAGUCGCUCUGGAGCGUCUGCUAAAAUGUCAAAUGUCACAAUGAAUGGAGUUGACUGUAUGGGGUGCUUUCAUCUCUAAAUGAUAGGGGGGUAUUUUUCAGCGAGUAUCGCUAUAAAUGUGAGCGCCUUGGAAUGGCAACCCGGUAUUCCCCUAGACAAGAUAGACCACAACUGCUGUUUACCUACCUAUACAGUACAGCGGUGGGAGCAUCCAGAAUAUCUUAACUCUUAAUAGUUUUUUUUAUUUAAGAAAUUGGAACUACUGGGUGAAAUUGUCUCAAAAAACCUAGAAAGUUAACUUAACUGUUUUCAUUAACUGAAUUUAAUUUUUUUAUUUUCUUAACAGGUAGAGAGUGUAAAAAAUGUUUUAAUGUGAAACUAGACCACUUAUGUUAUUUAUAUACAAUUUCAAAGCUGAGAUCUGAACUGUAUUCUUUUGGAGUGUAUUAACAUUGUAAAUACAUUUGAUAAGGUAUCAUUUUUUAAGUAUCACAUUUUGUAUUGUAGCAUACUAACAGAUUUUUUUUUAGCAUCUUAGUUGCAAAAUUUUUGGGGGCAUCUAUUUCCUGUCCAUUGGGAGCCUGAAUAUUCUUUCUGAUCAAUUGAAUCAUGAACAAGGUUGUAUAGAAGAUAAUCUAUUAAAGACCAACAUUGAACUCGCA